UAUAAAGGGCCCGGCUGAUGACUUGCCUCCUCAUUCUGCAGUUGGUGCCAGAAAUCUCGAUCCUCCACUGGGAGAAAAUGUCUAUCCAAGUCGAACAUCCUGCUGCUGGUUACAAGAAACUGUUUGAAACUGUAGAAGAACUGUCCUCGCCACUCACAGCUCAUGUGACAGGCAGGAUUCCCCUCUGGCUCACCGGCAGUCUCCUUCGAUGUGGACCAGGACUCUUUGAAGUUGGAUCUGAGCCAUUUUACCACCUGUUUGAUGGGCAAGCCCUCCUGCACAAGUUUGACUUUAAAGAAGGACAUGUCACAUACCAUAGAAGGUUCAUCCGCACCGAUGCUUAUGUACGGGCAAUGACUGAGAAAAGGAUCGUCAUAACAGAAUUUGGCACCUGUGCUUUCCCAGAUCCCUGCAAGAAUAUAUUUUCCAGAUUUUUUUCUUACUUUCGAGGAGUGGAGGUUACGGACAAUGCCCUUGUUAAUAUCUACCCAGUGGGGGAAGAUUACUAUGCCUGCACAGAGACCAACUUCAUUACAAAGAUUAAUCCAGAGACCUUGGAGACAAUUAAGCAGGUUGAUCUUUGCAACUACGUCUCAGUCAAUGGAGCCACUGCUCAUCCCCACAUUGAAAAUGAUGGAACCGUUUACAACAUUGGUAAUUGCUUUGGGAAAAAUUUUUCAAUUGCCUACAAUAUUGUAAAGAUCCCUCCACUGCAAGCUGACAAGGAAGAUCCAAUAAGCAAGUCAGAGAUCGUUGUACAAUUCCCCUGCAGUGACCGAUUCAAGCCAUCUUACGUCCAUAGUUUUGGUCUGACUCCCAACUACAUUGUUUUUGUGGAGACACCUGUCAAAAUUAACCUGUUCAAGUUCCUUUCUUCAUGGAGCCUUUGGGGAGCCAACUACAUGGAUUGCUUUGAGUCCAAUGAAACUAUGGGGGUUUGGCUUCAUAUUGCCGACAAAAAAAGAAGGAAGUACCUGAAUAAUAAAUACAGGACAUCGUCUUUCAAUCUCUUCCAUCACAUCAACACCUAUGAAGACAAUGAGUUUCUGGUUGUGGAUCUUUGUUGCUGGAAAGGAUUUGAAUUUGUUUAUAACUAUUUAUAUUUAGCCAACUUACGUGAGAACUGGGAAGAGGUGAAAAAAAAUGCCAGAAAGGCUCCCCAACCUGAAGUCAGGAGAUACGUACUUCCUUUGAAUAUUGACAAGGCUGACACAGGCAAGAAUUUAGUCACGCUCCCCAACACAACUGCCACUGCAAUUCUGUGUAGUGAUGAAACCAUCUGGCUGGAACCCGAGGUUCUCUUUUCAGGGCCUCGCCAAGCAUUUGAGUUUCCUCAAAUCAAUUACCAGAAGUAUGGUGGGAAACCGUAUACAUUCGCAUACGGACUUGGCUUGAAUCACUUCGUUCCAGACAGGCUCUGUAAGCUGAAUGUCAAAACUAAAGAAACUUGGGUAUGGCAAGAACCUGAUUCAUACCCCUCGGAACCUAUCUUUGUCUCUCACCCAGAUGCCUUGGAAGAAGAUGAUGGUGUGGUUUUGAGUGUGGUGGUGAGCCCUGGAACAGGACAAAAACCGGCUUAUCUCCUGAUUCUGAACGCCAAGGACUUGAGUGAAGUUGCCAGGGCUGAAGUGGAGAUUAAUAUCCCUGUCACCUUUCAUGGACUGUUCAAAAAAUCCUGAGCAUAAUUCCAACAGGAUAUGUUUCUGGUGAUAAAACCAAGAAAACCAUUGUCAGGUCUGCAAUCAAAUUCUGUUCCAUUUUAGCCUGCUGUAUAUCAUGGUUUUAACUUGCAGAUGCACACAAUUUUGCAAUGUUUUACAGUCAGCACUGAGCUCAGCAAGCAAUUCCUUUUUUUAAAAAGUAUAUUUAGAUAAUCAUACUUUCUCUUUGAGAUCGACAGACCAUAACUGAAAAACUUUUAAAUAUUUAGCAAUCAAAUAGAGAAAUGAGUGUGGAAUUAUUAAACUGUUCUUUAUUCCUUUUAUAAAAGUAUGUUUUUAGGUACCUAUCUGCUCUACUUAUUUUUUUAACGUGUGAAAACCAAUGUCCUCUACACCUGAUGCGUAUAUGCUUUGCUGAAACAAGGUAGUAUCAUGGAAAACAAGAGAAAAAAAAAGAAAGAAAGAAAGAAAAACUCCUCAAUUACUAGAUGUCAAACCAAACUUUUUUCUCAAACCGGGGACUGUCAUCUAAGACUAAUCAUGGUAUUUACUUUGCAUAUAUAUAACUGCUAAAAUAUUCUCAAGCUUUAUCAAUUUUAACAUUUCCAUUUAAUAUAGGCAAUUACUGUUAUUUUUUAUUUUAUAAUAAGGAACCUAUGCCUAAUUUGGCCGAGAUCUCCCAAUCAAAUAACAUCUAAAUAUUAAGUUUUAUGUUAAAAGUUUAUGUAACAUAAAACAAGUACAUAUAGUAGUAACUGUAAUUUUUUGAAAAACAGAACCGAAAAUACACAGAUACCUUCUACUUAAAAUUAGAUUAUGGGAUGAUGUUGGAGGGUUAUACUUUGUUGCCUCUUCAUUAACAUUUAAGUACUAUGCAGUCACCUAGCUAAAGAAAAGGAGAUAUUAACCUCUAAGUAUUAAUACACUUUAAGUGUUCUUGUUUUAAAAUUACUUUCUUCUGUGCUACAGAAAGCAAAGGGGAAAAAGGACAAAAAAAUUUACAUCUUAUUUCUGGUAUCCACAUUAUGCUCAAAUGCGUUAAAUACCAUAUUUAAGAUGAUCUACAUCAUGUUUGACUAGAAAAAAAUAGCUCAGAAAAACAAACUGACCAGGGUAUUUGGUGCAUCCAUUUGCUCCUUUUUCUUUUCAGGUAAAAUAUGAACUUAUUUUUAAAAUUACUUAUUAAAACAAGCUUUCCAAAGAAUACCUAAAUGCAGAAAAGUAAAAAUUAUGAAGUAAAGUCGUAUAGAACUCCUUUAAGUAGCUCAACUAUCAUUAAGAUUGGGUACCAGUCUUUUCUGUAUUUUCUCCAUGUGGGUUUUAAUGCUAUCAUGAAUUUUUUGCCUAUGAGUCCUAGGUAGAAGUAGAAAACUCAAAAAAGAAAAGGGACCUUCCAGAGAAUGACAUGGAAUAUGUGACUGUAAAUAAACAUUAGUUCAUUAUGAUUUUAUCUCCAGACAUGGCACAUGGACCUAAUUCCACAAAGAAGGCCAUUGUUUUCAUUGUUUUUAAAAUGCUUAAAUGAGUUACUAAACAAUGACUAAGUUUUUUUUUUUUUUUU